GUGUGAGUUUGGGCGGCAAUAGACGAUGGCAGGGGAGGCGCGAAAUGAAAAUCCAAAACUCCCCCAAAAUAUCGCAAAUUGCAAUGGCGCCAUUGAUUCUCACGCUUUGUAUAUAAAUAUAUAUACAUGAUAAUAAGCAUUCUACAGGCCUUCUUCAACUCCUGCUGAAUCAACAGCAGCAACUAACAUCAAUCGCAAUGGAUCUAUCAGAUUUGGCUAACAAAUUAGGCUUCACUCCCUCCGAUUCCAAGCGAUUAGUUCGCAAAGCCGCCGAGCUCCGCCGCCUCGCCGACAUCCAAUUCAACUCUUCCGUCAUCGGCGUUGGGGAGACUUGUAAAGCUAUUAUCUGUUUAGAAAUUGCCGCGACUAGUGCGCAAGUCAUUUUCGAUAGAAAGACUGCUAUUAAGUUGAGUGGAAUGUCCGAAAAGGCUUAUACUCGGUCGCUCAUUGCUAUGCAGAAUGGUCUCGGUGUCAAGAAUAAGCUUGAUGUUCGUGAGCUGGGGAUUCAAUUUGGAUGUAUUAGGCUUAUUCCGCUUGUUCAGAAGGCUUUAUCUCUAUAUAGAGAUCGGUUCCUUGCUGCUCUACCAGCUUCACGCAGGGCAAGUGCUGAUAGCACACGCCCUGUGUUUACUGCAGCGGCAUUCUAUCUAUGCGCUAAAAAACACAAGCUUAAGGUUGACAAAAUUAAGUUGAUUGAACUUUGUGGAACCUCCGAGGAUGAAUUCAACAGUGUCUCUACCUCCAUGAAGGAUCUAUGCUUUGAUCAGUUCGGAAUUACAAAGGAGAAAACAGAUGCAAAAAAGGUGAAAGGGAAUCGAGAUCUUCUUGAUGAAUUACCUGAGAAAAGGAGAAUUGAGGAUGGGGGCUAUUUAUCUGAUGAUGAAGAUGAGCCUUCAUUGUACAAAAAGCGUAAGCGUAUGGAUGAGCAUGCUUACAAAGAAUGGAAAUCAACAGUUAUGGAAUCAAACAACAAGAACAAGGAAACAGUUUCUGCCAAGCGCACCAAGCAAGCUCAACUCAAUUUUCCAAAGUUGGUUCCUGAAACUAAGGUGGAGGCUGUGUGAAUUGCAUUCAUUUUACCAACCUUAUUUUGGUACUUGGUGUAAAACAUUUUGAAAAAAAAUGACAAGGGGUGGGAGGGUGGAGGUAUUCAUAAAUGAUAAACAGCUAUAUCAGGACAUUUGCAAGCAGAUUUUGUAGGCAAUUAUCAAAAUCUUCAUUUGGAAGUAUAAUUAAAUGGUCUUGAGUGCACGUGAGAAACUAUCUGUGGCUAGUAGUUGCUGUGCAGAAUGAAAUUAUAUGUAUUUCUCAGUUUGUAAAUAAUGUUUAUUAUACAUGUCUCUUGUUCAUGGA